UACUUAAUAGUUGAAAAUUGUAAUAUUUCAAUAAGUUCUUUGGUGGAAAACAACAUGGAUGUAAACCAAGUGUGGGUUCAGUGUGAAAAUGAAAACUGUUUGAAGUGGAGAUCAUUGUCAAGUGAAGAUGCAGCCAGAAUUGAUCACAAUGAACCAUGGUACUGCUUUAUGAACACUGAUUCAAGAUAUAGUAAGUGCUCUGUUUCUGAAGAAGAAUUUCCAGAGGAAUCUCAACUUCAUCAAAGUGGGUUAAAGUUUGUCUAUUCACAGCUCCCUCUUGGAAGCCUGGUUUUGGUAAAUUUACGGAAUUGGCCAAGUUGGCCAGCUAUUAUUUGUCCUGAUCCUUUUAAAAGGAAAUAUGUUACCUAUGACCAGGCUGGAAAUGUUGAAAAGUAUCACAUUGAAUUCCUGGGUGAUCCCCAUUCAAGAUCAUGGAUAGACUCAACAUUUGUUGCCCAUUAUAGUAUCACAUUAAAGCCAGAAAAUGGUAAGAAUAAAAAGAAAUGGUACAAAAGUGCACUACAAGAAGCAUAUCUGCUGUACGGAUUUUCUCCUGAGCAAAGAUUGGAAAUGUGCUACCGAUCAAAAAAAGAUAAAUCCAAAGUAGAUGCUAAAGUUGCUGUGGUAUCCACAAAAAAGCUAGAAGUUUCAAAAAAAAAUACUGAAAAGAAAAAGCCAAAAGUUAGAAAAAGGAAAAGGGCAGACAUUUUAAAAUGCUCUUUUGAAAAUGUUUGUUCAGAUGAUGCAUUAUCGAAGGAAAACAUGGUUGUCUCUGAGAUAGAAGUUUUACUGAAAGAGCUGGAACAAAUGCUACAGCAAGCACGAGAACCCGCAGCGACACCUGAUGAAUCUGAAGAGGAACAUGGAGAAAAAGUAAAUAGAGCAGAAAAGUUAUGCAUUCCCAAAACUUCUACAGACAGUCCAUUUGAAAACCACUCUGAAGAGGACGAUCUUAUAAUCGAUGGCUUACAAUUAAAAGCUGGAGAAUGUAUUGAAAAUAUAACAAAUAAGUUUAAAGAAAUAGAUGCUUUGAUGUCUGAAUGUUAGGCCAUUAUCUUUAUUUUCCAAAGUUUAUUACAAAAUAUUUAUAUCUUUAA